CUUGCUGAGUUGGUCGCAAUCAUUGUUUCUCUGCAGCAUUAACCACAUUCCAGAGAGGCGCAGCGCAUCCUGUCUUCAUCCCCGCAUUCCUUUUACGCAAACGAGUCCCCUGUGUAAAACGCUGUUUUAUUUAGAUUUCCGCACGCUUACUGGGCUCAGACUUACAUACAACGGAUAUUUAAGGCGUAUCCGAUUAUCCUGGCUACUUUGAUUUGAGGCAAAGGGAUCGUACGCGAAACUAGAGGAAAAACCAACAAGGGUAAAUUCCUCCGCGCAGCGCGCCAUUGACUGUAAAGACCUUUCAACUUAACAAAAACUGAAGUUGACAAACGUAUCCCUGUCGGCUGAAAACUGUGAGAAAGAGUUUGUUUCUUCGGCGAAGGGGGCAAAGCACAGGAAGACGAUGCGGCACACGGUGGAGGUUUAUAGACUGCGUUGGAGGUUUAUUUCUUUGUAAAUGAGCGACGGCUGUACCGCGGCGUUUUGUUUUGAUUUCCAUGUGAAAUGCAAUUAGUGCUCCGCGGUGCUCGCUAGUCUGCGGAGCGGAGCACACUCUCAACUUGUUUCUCACAACAUGGAGCACUACCAGGAGGAUCUGGGACUCCGGGCCAGCAAACUGAUGGAGGAUCUUUCCCUGUACGAUGCGUAUAAAGACGGGAUGUAUGCGAGGAGAGACUUGGUGAUUAACCCCGAUUUAGACUUUUCUGCUCCGGCGGUAGCAGAGCAUAAAAGUAAGCCAAUGAAUGGCACCUCUGUGUUGCACCAGCAGCAUCACACCGUGGAGAAUUUCACGACUGGGAAUAAAGUGUACACGGCGGCUCCGGUGCGCCCGGUCAACUGCAGCCGGACCGUGCCGGUGGAUUUCUGUGCCCCGCAGAGAGACGCGGGUUACGCAGACGAGGGCUGCUGCACCAAAUCCGAAGUGGCUCUGCCGUGCUACACCGGGGCUUCAGAGAGGCACCGGAGGUACUCUCUGGAGGUGCAGGGCCACAGGUACAGCACCGGGUCCACCUUCGACGGCGUGCCUCUCAACAAACCGGCUGCAGUGCCCGGCAACAGGUGUAACAGCGUCUGCAUCACCAGCAGCCACGACGGGAGAUACAACCCCACCAGCCCCCGGUCCAGCCUAGCAUCGUCCCUGUCCUCCCAGGAGCAGAGCAAGCAUGCGAGCCCGAGGUCGAGCCUCAGCAGCCCACGCACUAGUCUGGUGGUGCCGGGCCAGGACAGGUACACCAGCCCCAGGUCGAGUUUAGUGCACUGUGAGGGUGUGCAAAGCCCCAGAUCCAGCUAUGCAAGCACCGCCAGCGACACCAGCAAACACUCCAGCCCGCGGGCCAGCCUCAACAGCUGCGACUGCUGCAGCAAACCCAGCAGCAACAGAACCAGUGGCAUCAGCAUGGGCUACGACCAAAGGCACGCGAGCCCCCGGUCCAGCACGGCCAGCCAGUACUCCUUCACCACCAGCCCCCGGUCCAGUUACUCGGACUCACGGUACGGGCCCUCGGGCAACCAUGACCUGGAGGGGGCGAUUCUACACGGAGCCCCUCUGGCCAGCCCUCGGUCGAGCAUCUGCAGCCAGGACGGGAGUGCCAGACCCGGGACUUCUGCAAACUGUGUGGUGAGCCCCCGGUCCAGCAUCUCCAGCCACAGCUCCAGGAGCUCCCGCAGCUCCAGGGGGUCUAUGAGCACCUACCCAGACCUGCAGCUGCCCUCCCCCCGGUCCUCCAUGCUGGGCAGCGGUCUGCACGAGGACACGCUGCUGCAGGAGUAUGGAGACUCCAACGGGAUCCAGAACCGGAUCCACCUACAGGGGCUCUCUGCGGUGCCGGAGCCCCAGCAGCAGGCCCCCCAGCAGGCAGGGACAGUGGAGAUGAUCGCGGGGUCUCCGUCAUCGUUUUGUUACGGAGUGGCAACAAAGACAGCUUCCAGCCAGAGGUUUAAGAUGCCCUACCAGGUGACCCCCAGCAGAGAGAGCGGACCCAGCCAGGCGGAGCGGAGGCUGGAGGCCCUCACCCUGGAGCUGGAGAAGGAGUUAGAGAUGCACAUGAAAAAGGAAUAUUUUGGCAUCUGUGUGAAAUGUGGGAAAGGAGUGUAUGGAGCCAGUCAGGCCUGCCAGGCGAUGGGGAACCUGUAUCACACAAACUGCUUCACCUGCUGCUCCUGUGGUGAGUACUACUCUCUAUCAGGGGAAUAUAUGUUGGUUCACUUCAAUGUAUCGAGUGUGUGAGCUGAGUCUUAAUCAGGAUCUUUCCUCAUAAGGAAACAUUUAGCUUCUAUCCGUGUUCGUUGGGGUUCAGCCUUUGAAAACAACAUGUUUUUCUUCGCUCA